AUGACGUAUAAACUUGAAGACGUGCUUACACCGGAUAUGUUCAAUAUGGAAUACGAAAAUGUUCAACUCGUCACAAAAGACAAAGCGAAGCUUUAUUGCUAUCUGGUCGGGAGACUCCAAGACCUCAUAAGUCUGAAGGAACUGUAUCAUCAUGGUUUGGUCGCGCUCACAGUUGAAUAUCGAGGCUAUGGACAUAACAAAGGUGUACCGGGAGAAAUGGGUAUUCGCCUCGAUGCUCAGGCGGCCGUUGACUAUGUGAAAAACCACCCUAUCCUGUGUAAACUCCCAAUCAUUUUAUACGGUCAAGGUCUCGGUGCCGCUGUAGCAAUUUACACAGCAAGUAAAAAUCGAGACAGAAUAUCCGCUCUAAUUAUCGAGAACACCUAUACAUCCAUCCCAGACCUCCUCAGACGACCUAUCUCCUGGAUGUGUACUCAAAAACGGUGGUCGUCCAGCACAUUACCCCGUCUCCCGGCAAUAUUGCCCAUUCUAGUGCUCAGCGGCCGAAUGGACGAGUACCUACCUUACACGCACAUGGACGACCUAUGGAAUAUAGCCAGAACUAGAGGUCGUUCGGAAAGCAGCAAAGGCGUUCCAAAUGAGGAAUAUAGACCUCCUCCGAAUGAUAUGUUUAAAGCGUUUCCUUUGGGAUCGCACUAUUAUACAUGCGAUGAACCCGGUUAUUGGGAGACUAUUUUCGAAUUUCUUGACCCUUUCAUUGUUCAUACAAUAACAUAG